AUGGAGAAUGAUCAGACAAGAAAUCCAUCAUCAGAAGAUCCGAAGCAGAAGCAGCAAGCAUUGAUCACUUCAUCAUCAUCGUCAUCAGAUGAUGAUGAUGAUCAAACAAGUAGAGGUGGAGGUGCAAGUCAAGUUGCUGUUGUUAGGUCGUAUGAGUGCACUUUUUGCAAGAGAGGGUUCUCAAAUGCGCAGGCACUUGGAGGCCACAUGAACAUUCACCGCAAAGACAAAGCCAAGAUGAAGCAAUCUUCUUCACCAUCGUCAGUCGAUAAGAACGAAGAUAGAAGUAAAAGGAUCAACUGGCCUUGGACUAAUAAUCUUGGUGGCGGUGCAACUGAUGAUGCCACGACCAGACAACAAUUCCUAAAUAUGCCUUUGUUUGUCUCCAAUCUCGCAAGUAGUCAUCAUGGACACGAUAAGACAAACACUGGUACUAGUCAACUACUUGACAAGGAUUCCAAGAGUUCGGAGUUAGACCUGGAGCUUAGGCUGGGUCCUCACCCAAACCCUCCUCAUGAUGAUUCAUCAACAACGGGUACCAGAAAGUUCUUUUGA